AGGACGAAGAAGAAGAAGAAGAGAAGGAGCAGUGGUGGAGGCCGCAGCAAGGACCCAGCGGGAGCCGGCGCCCCCCUGCGGGCAGCAGCGUCAUUGCACACCUUGACCUCGACUGCUUCUAUGCGCAGGUGGAGAUGCUCCGGGCCCCGGAGCUCAGGGACAAGGCCUUGGGGGUGCAGCAGAAGUCCCUCGUGGUCACCUGUAACUACGAAGCCCGGCGCCAUGGGGUGAAGAAGUUGAUGUCCCUCAAAGAGGCCACGGAGAAGUGUCCUCACUUGGUGCUGGUCAAUGGAGAAGACCUCACUCCCUAUAGGGAGAUGUCCUACAAGGUCACAGAGCUCCUGCGGGAAUAUUGUCCAUUGGUGGAAAGACUUGGCUUGGAUGAGAACUUCCUGGAUAUCACAGAUGUGGUGGAGCAACGCAUAGGCUGCUUCCAUCCAAGUGGAUGGGCUGGGAUCCGUGUCUCAGGCCAUGUCUACAAGGACCAAGCCAUCAACGUGCAGGAUCCAACCCAUCGUAAGCUUGCCAUUGGAUCCCAAGUGAUGGAAGAGCUCCGGGAAUGCCUUUACUCCACGUUGGGCCUCACCAGCAGCGCUGGGGUGGCCACCACCAAGUUCUUGGCCAAGGUGGUCUCUGGGACCUUCAAACCCAACCAACAAACCCUGCUCCUGCCCCACAGCACCCAGGAGCUGCUGAGGAACCUGGGGUCCAUCCGGAAGGUGCCAGGCAUUGGCUCCAGGACUGCGGAACGCCUGGAAGCAUUGGGUGUGAAGACAGUGGUGGAUCUCCAAAGGUUUCCAUCUGCUGGCUUGGAGAAGGAGCUGGGAAUUGCGCUUGCUCAACGGAUCCGGAAGCUUGGCUAUGGGCAGGAUGAGGCCCCUGUGACACCAUCGGGACCUCCUCAGUCCUUUAGCGAUGAAGAUUCCUUCCGGAAAUGUUCCUCAGAGGCAGAAGUCCAGGAGAAACUGGGAACGAUGCUUCCAAGCCUCUUGGAAAGAAUCCGCCGGGAUGGGAGGCAACCACGCACCAUAAGGUUGAGCAUCCGCCGCUUCUCCUCAUCAGGAAAGGGGUUCCAUCGGGAAUGCCGUCAGUGCCCUAUCCCACCGCAUCUCCUUCCCAAAUUUGGGAAAGAUCCUGGGAGCCUCCUCUCCCCCUUGGGGAGCAUCUUAAUGAAGCUCCUGCGGAAGAUGAUCCCAACAGAGCUCCCAUUCCACCUCACCCUCCUCAACGUCUGCUUCUCCAACCUCCAGGAGCUUCCCACCAGGAAGGGUUCCAUUGGCUUCUACCUCAAGGGCAAGGGCCCA